AUGGUGACGACAAAAGAGGGGCGACAGCGACUCAGUGCAAUCCGUCGUCGAUGCGCGCAGGCCGAUGAAGGCAGCGUCGGCGAGUUCGGGUCGAGUGCGAAGAUCGAGUCGCCUGGAAGCUCAGCUUCAGCCGGUGGGCGCAAGUCGCGAGUAGCGGAAUUGCCGCGACAGUGCAGCGUCAUGUGGGGCUCUUGUGUGGCUGGAGGCCAACAGACAGCGUCAUACCCGCCGGCCAUAUGGAUUGCUUGGGGCGGUGGACAAUGCGAAGGCAGCGCUUGGAAUCCUGCUCGACAAAUCGUCCGAAACCGAUCAACGUCACACGCGUCCGCAGCCGCCAUCGAAGACGCCCACCUCACCCAGGAAUUUCCAAUUUUCGGUGCAUGCAUCGCUCGCCCACCUCCCAACGCACACACAACAACCGACGCUCGGUGGGGGCCACUCCUGCUCGCAACACGCUCCAUCGCCAUCCACAGCCGUCGAUCGCCACGAACGCUGGUCAUGGCCGAGACUGCGGCGAGCAUCCCUCACUCAGGCACCGAUGCACUCGCACCGAAUCUCUGCAUCAUCUCAGACACCUCGAAAUAA